AUGGCGGCAGACGACGUGGUGGACUACGCCAAGCUGAAGAAAACCCUCCUACAGCGUUUUCGAUACACUGAGGAAGGGUACAGGGCAAAGUUCCGCAAUGCCAGAGCUGAAAACUCCGAAACAGGGAGACAGUUUGCUGGUCGUCUCGCCGGAUACUUCGACCACUGGCAGCAAAUAGCGAAGACGGAGUGUACCUAUGAGGACCUCCGAGACGUAAUCAUUUCGGAACAGUUUCUUCGGCGAUGUCACGAGAAGCUGGCAGUCUUUUUAAAAGAAAGGGGCUGCAGAGGUUUAGACAAGCUCGCGGAGACUGCGGACCAUUACCUCGAAGCACAGGGUCUGAUCAACCUUGGAAAAGGCAAAGAGGAAAAGGAACCGGGAAGAGUGACGGUGACGUGCAUGGAGAAUCCACUUUAUGAUGUGGUUGUGGGAAAUUUCGAGGGCGCACGAGAUCCUUCUGCUCCUGACCGUGGGUGGAAGAGGCCGCAUGAUUCUUUGGAUAUUAAGAGCAGACACCAGCGCAGCGAGGCGGCUGGGCGGGACGAUCAGCCGAACUCGACGUCGGAUGUCAAUGUCAAGACAACCAGCAACGAGACCACGGUCGCUGUCGUCACAAGAGCGGCUUCUCACACCUCAAAUCCGUUACCCGUGACGCCAAUCAAUCACUUGCAACUCAACCCUUCCGAUCUGAUAGCGAAGCAGAAAGACGAUCCUACGCUACAGCGAUGCUUCGAAGCAGUCGGUAACAAGGUUACCACCAGAUCGGCCGAGACUGAGUUCGUUCUGAUGAAGGGUAUUCUCUUCAGGAGAUAUAAGCUGCCAUCGAAGAAAGAGAUGGAACAGCUCGUUGUGCCAGCCGAACUGCGCGAAUUCGUUUUGAAGAUGGCGCACGAGGGAAUUAUGGCUGGUCACCAGGGAACGAAGAGGACGACGGAUCGAGUGCUCGAGGAAUUUUAUUGGCCGGGUGUGCAAUCCAACGUCACUCGUUUUGUAAAAUCUUGUGACACCUGUCAGAGGACUGUCCCGAAACACUUGGUUGGUCGGGUGCCACUCGGAAGCAUGCCGAUAGUUGAGACUCCUUUUCAGCGAGUUGCCAUAGACAUUGUCGGCACGUUGUCACCAUCUUCCGAAAAGGGCAACCGAUAUGUCCUUACCAUGGUUGAUUAUGCGACCCGUUACCCGGAUGCCGUCGCCCUGCCAAGCAUUGAGACAGAGAGGGUCGCUGAGGCACUUCUGGAGAUGUUCUCUCGCGUGGGGAUUCCCCGAGAAAUAAUCAGUGACCGGGGAACAUCGUUCAUGUCACGAGUGAUGAAGGAACUGAGCCGGUUGCUCUCAUUCAAGCAACUCCCUACUACACCUUACCACCCCAUGGCUAAUGGACUUGUGGAGAGGUUUAACGGGACACUGAAGCAGAUGAUCCGCCGAAUGUGUCAAGAGAGUCCGAAGAAUUGGGACCGAUAUUUGGCCCCAUUGCUGUUUGCAUACCGUGAGGUACAUCAGAGCAGCUGGAAGUUUGCGCCAUUCGACUUGCUCUAUGGCCGAUUUGCUCGAGGACCAAUGGCCAUUUUAAAAGAACUCUGGACAGGUGAUCAUAAGGAUAGUGAAGCAAUGACAUCGUACGGAUACGUGAUGGAAUUGCGCCAGCGUCUGGAGGACACCUGCCGAACUGCCGAAGAACAGCUUAAGAAGGCGAAAAUGGCACAAAAGGAGUACUACGACAGGAAGGCCAAAACACGCCAGCUGUCUGUAGGGGACAAAGUUCUCCUCCUACUGCCAUCUGACGCUAAUAAGUUGAUACUGACGUGGAAGGGUCCGUUCACGGUUCUCGAAAAGCGUAACGAGGUGGAUUACGUCAUUGAUCUAGGAACACGCACAAGCCUGUUCCAUAUCAAUAUGCUAAAGGAAUACGAAGAGAGGUCAACAAGAGAUGCCGAGUGCAAUCAGGCUUCAGUGGCGCUCGAAGGCGAACCUUUCGAAGAAGAGGAUCUCUCUUUCCUGCAGCUUCAGCAGCAAGAAACGUUUAGAGAUGUCCAACUAUCGGAGGACAUGACUGAGGAACAAAAAUCGCAAGUAACAGACAUUCUGGAGGCCUACCAAGGUGUACUGACGGAUGUUCCUGGAAAGACGCACCUCGUACAGUGCAAGCUCCAAGUUACGACGGAGGCGCCAAUUCAGGCCAAGCAAUAUCCGAUACCGUUUGCUAUUCAAGAAACUGUGCAAAAAGAAGUACAGCAGAUGCUCCGGCAGGGAAUAAUUGAGCGCUCGGAUUCCCCCUACCAGUCGCCUGUGGUAGUCGUCAAGAAAAAGGAUGGGGCCAUACGCCUUUGCAUUGACUUCCGGCUAUUGAACCAAGUUUUGGUUUCCGAUAAUGAGCCGAUCCCCAGGGUGGACAUGAUGUUCGCAAAAUUGGGAAACUGCAGCUAUUUUUCAAAAUUUGAUUUCUCCAAGGGGUACUGGCAGGUGCCAAUGGACGAGGAAUCAAAACCAAUGACAGCGUUUUCUUGUUCUUCCGGACUUUACCAGUUUCGGUUUAUGCCCUUCGGCAUUAAGACAGCACCAGCCGUCUUCACUAGGCUAAUGAGAAAGCUUGUGGAAGGCCUUCCGAACAUCCAUCACUAUUUCGAUGAUGUGCUGAUCGCCACGGAAACUUCGGAGGAGCAUGUGAAUGUACUACAGUCGUUUCUUGAGCGCGUGGAACGAGCUGGUCUAACGGUGCGGCCAACAAAGAGCCAGGUUGGCUUCACUUCUGUCAGUUUCCUUGGGCACAUCGUUGGACAUGGCCUCCUACAACCGCAAGCCGAGACGUUGGAGAAGAUUCAAGCUGCAAAGCUGCCUGAGACGAAGAAAGCCGUGCGGUCAUUUCUGGGCCUUACCGGCUAUUACCGAGACUUCGCCCCCAACUUCUCAGAAAUGGCUCGCCCUUUGACAGAGUUGACCCGAAAGAAGGCACCGAACAAGGUGAUAUGCGGCAAGAAAGAACAAGAGGCAUUCGAACAGCUAAAGCGGAUGCUUUCGAGCAGGCCGAUUUUGAAGGCCCCUGACUUCACGAAACCAUUCGUGCUGCGCACUGAUGCCUCUUCUAAAAGCGUAGGGGCUGUCCUCAUGCAGCGCGAUGACGAAGUUCUCCAUCCAGUGGCAUAUGCAAGUCGCCAACUGCUGCCACGUGAAGAAAACUACUCGACGAUUGAACGAGAGGGUUGGCAACAGGAAUGCCGACCCAGGAGGCGGCAGGAUGGGACGGCACAUGGGCUGCUGAAAAGGUGGUACCGGCUCGUGGCGUGGCCUGGCAGCUACCGCAGCAUAAGUGAGCGGAGCGGCCGCAAGCGGCUGCUGGGGAGCACCCGGCAGUGCUUGAGUGACUUCCCCUUGAAUGACGUUGCGCAGAGUGCAAGGCUAUGGACUGGCAGGCACCUGGGUGAAGGGAACCAGGGACAGCUGUCGUGCGACUUCUUUGCGGACAAGGUCUUCGAGGUCUUCGACAAGGUCUUCGAGGUAACUGGGUUGGACUGUUCGAACUCGCCUGCGGGGGAUGGUGGACCUUCUGUCUCCAAGACGGAGAUCUCGCAAUCACCGAUAGGCGAGAUAUCGGCCAGUGAAGUGCCUCUCGGAAGCACCUGCGUGCAUUAG